AUGGGCUCAAGUCUGGACUGGCCGCUGCAUCCGAUCUAUUCACCAGCGCAGCUCAGCCGGUAUUUUGAUAAACUCAAUCUUCCUUCCAAUCUGCGACGCGAAGUAUGGGAUAUGACAUUAUUGGCACUGAACGGGAAUACAAACACCAACAAUGCAGUCGCAUUGUCGCAAAUGGAAGCAUUGCAACGUUAUCAACUGGCGUCCGUGCCCUUCGAGAACGUCGAUCUGCAUUACUCGUUCCACCGUAGUAUCUCCACCGAUACCCAGACUGUGCUCGAGAAAAUCGUUGAUUCAACUUCUCAUAGAGGCGGAUACUGCAUGGAGAACAACAUCCUAUUUGGAGCGGUAUUGCAAAGCAUGGGAUACAGAAUCACCUCAGUUGGAGGCCGAGUGAAUGAAGCCGUACAGCCAAUGUCUGGAUCGAAGAACUGGAAAGGUCCCAAAUAUGACGGAUGGAACCACAUGGUCAACAUUGUUACUAUCGAAGGUCAGAAGUACCUGGUAGACGUAGGAUUCGGCUCGAACGGGCCGCACAAGCCUAUUCCUCUAAUCCAGAAUUAUGAAUUUCACAAUACAGGUGACUUGCAUGGACGCCUCAUUCAUGGACCGAUCACCCAACAUGGGCGAACUGGACAACAACCACUUUGGCAAUAUGACAUUCGCGUGGGGGACAGCUCAUGGAUACCUGCAUAUUGCUUUACAGAGAUGGAAUUCUAUCCAGAAGACUUCAAGAUGAUGAACUACUUCAUGAGCACGAACCGCGCAAGCUGGUUCACGUUUCAUGUCGUAUGCGUUCGGAUGUUGCUAGAUGAUGAGGGAAAGAAAGUUGUGGGUGAUCUGACUCUGUUCAAUAAUACGAUGAAAAGACGCCUGGGGGCAACAUCGGAGGUGUUACAAACCUUCAACUCUGAUGAGGAACGCGUCGCAGCUCUCGAGAAAUAUUUCAAGAUUACUCUUUCGCGAGCGGAUAGGGAAAGUAUUCGACAUACAAGCUCAGAGAUCUUAUAA